CUUCAGCUGGGGUUUUUCUUUUUUCUUAAUUUCCAAGAAUCGUCUCUUCUCUCUAUUUCUCCAAUUCCCAAAUAUCAACAAGAAGAAGCAGCAACGAUGUGGAUUGAGAUCAUCUGCGGUCUCGUCAUCUACAAACUCGUCCGUCGUUUCUUCUACGACGACGAAUUCUCCGACGUCGAGACUUCCGAUUCCACUGCUCUCUUCUCCGUUGCUCACAGACUUGAGAAACUUUAUGGUGGAAAAGCUUAUGUAGGACUUCGAAUUCCAGAUGCCGACACUGCUUCUAGACAGGAUAUCGAUGUUGUUCUUGUUACUAAAGGAGAAAUUGUAGUGAUUGCUGUGAAGAAUCUAUCGGGGAUUGUUACGGUAACUAGUGAUGGUAGCUGGGUUUGUGAAGGUGGCAAGCAUCAUACCACUGAGUCUUUCCCUGAUCCUCUGGCGGAGGUCAAGAAACAAGCUUCAGUUCUUGAAUCAUAUCUUGAGCAGAGGGGAGUUACUUUACUAGAAGGAAAUCUAUCUUGCAAAGUUGUCAUUCCCAAUCCAAGUUUUCGUACAAUUCAUGCAUUCCCGAGUGAGGUAAUUACCUAUGAAGAUUGGCAACAGCUGAAACCAGCAUCAAGAAGUAAAAUUUCUGGUUGGGUUAAAGGCGCAUUCAGCACAGGAAAAGAGAUGCAGGAAUCAUCGCAUCAAAAACUUAAUUUCAUCCUUGGCACAGCACCAACGUGGGAUAGAGUGGAGCUUAAAAGUAGCAAAAUUGUGUUAGGGGAAUUCCUUGAGUUUAAAGGAAAGCAGGAAGAUACCCUGGCUUUAAGAAAUAUCAAGAGAUCAAAAGUCGAUCAUGUCUCUAUUCAGAAAACAAGCAUGUUUGGAUUAGCUCCUUCGAGGUUGCAGGUUCUGUAUUCGUAUAGGGACUACAGAAGUGAAGGCAGUUCAGGGGCAGAGUCGAAAGAAGUGACCGUCCGGUCAAGCACUGAGGUUUUGUUUCAGCCACGAGACUCCACAAAGAUGAAGAAAUUCAAGCUAUCGUCGCUCGUCUCCAUUUCACUAAGUGCCUAACUGUGAAGUGAGCUUAUUAGUAUGCAGCAGAGGGAAGUUGUUUAUGGUCUACUAUGUGAAUGACAUUGUCUAUGACUGAGCUUACUAUUAUUCACAAGAGUACCAACCUUCUUAUGGAAAUGUUUUCUUCUUAUAUUACAUGCUACAAAGCCUUACAUGAAAACGUUUCAUAUUUGGAAA